AUGUGUGGGAUUUUGGCCAUUUUAAAUAUUAGAGGAACAGAAGUUGAAGUAAGGGCAAAAGCCUAUGAAUUGUCUAGAAGAAUAAGACAUAGAGGUCCAGAUAGAUCAAAAAUAAUUGUUCUUGUAAUGAUAUAUCCAUAAUGUUUAGGAAAUAAGCCCAGGUUUGUAUCAUGUGAUUUCUCAUGAAAGAUUGGGAUUAGUGGAUUUGAGUGAUAAAGGUAGGCAACCAUUUUAAUUAAUGGAUGAUGAAAACAUAAUCUUUAUGUAAAACGGUGAACUUUAUGAUUACUGGGAUUUAAGACCAGAAUUAGAGAAGAGAUAUCGAUUUAGUAGUAAUUCAGAUACAGAGAUAGUUGGAAUGUUAUACAAAGAAGUAAUAUGAUUGAAAAAUACAAUAUAGUAUGGGGCAGGCAACUUUUGGAACCACCUUAAUGGAAUGUUUGCCACAGUUCUAAUAGAUAUGAACAAGAAAUCAUUUCAAGCAGGAAGAGAUCAUAUUGGAAUAAUUCCUUUAUAUUAUGGUUACGAUAAGGAAGGAUCGCUAUUCUUAUCAUCUGAAUUAAAAGGAAUUCAUGACUAAGUUAUGGAUGUUAAAUAGUUCCCUCCAGGUUUUAUAUUAAUAAUAGUAUUUUAGGCCAUUAUAUUGAUGAGUCAUAUGAGAUCAAGAGAUGGUAUAAUCCAACUUGGCAUAAUUUUGAUCAUAUUCCAACAGGACAGAUCAAUUUAGAAGAAUUGAGAGAUAAAUUUGUGGAAGUGGUUAGAAGAGAAGUUUAAGGUGAUGCUCCAUUUGGAUUGUUUAUUUCAGGAGGGUAUCUAAUUUAUGAAGAUUAUCAUAGUGUUGAUUCAUCAAUAGUUGCAGGAAUUGUUGCUAAAUUAAUAAAGAAAGGAGAAAUAGAUUUGAGUAAAAGAGGGAUGAGAAAAGUUCAUUCUUUUUGUAUUGGAUUGGAAGGAUCUCCAGAUUUACAUUUUGCUAAGAAAGUGGCCGAAUUCCAUGGAUUUGAACAUCAUUCAUUCACAUAUACUGUAGAUGAAGGAUUAGAUUACAUUCCUGAAGUUAUAUAUCAUACAGAGACAUUCAAUAAUACAACCAUAAGAGCAUCAACACCAAUGUAUAUGAUGUGUAGACGAAUCAAAGCUCUAGGAAUUAAAAUAUGUUUAACAGGUGAAGGAAGUGAUGAAUUAUUUGGUGGAUAUUUGUAUUUCCAUAAAGCACCCAACAGAGUUGAAUUUCAUUAAGAAUUAAUCAGAAAACUUCAUGAUCUACAUAAAUAUGAUCUUCUUAGAGCCAAUAAGGCUUGUUUGGCUUGGGGUAUUGAAACUAGACCUCCAUUUAUGAAUAAAUAAUGGGUAGAGUAUGUUAUGUAAAUUGAUCCAAAAUAUAAAAUGAUUAAUGCCUUUGAACCUUAAAUGGAAAAAUACAUUCUUAGAAAAGCAUUUGAAGAUUUAGAACAUCCUUAUGUACCAUAAGAAAUUUUAUGGAGAUAAAAGGAAUAAUUUAGUGAUGGUGUUGGUUAUAGUUGGAGAGAUGGUAUUAUUAAGAGAGCUAACCAAUUAAUUACAGAUUAAGAGUUUUCUUAAGCAUCUAUCAAAUAUCCAGUAUCCACUCCUAGAGAUAAAGAAUAAUAUUGGUUUAGAUAAAUUUAUACAUCCUAUUUCCCAAGUGAAAGUUCUGUUUUGACUGUUCCAUAUGCCAGAUCUAUUGCUUGUUCAACCGAAAAAGUAAUCCAUAUAUAAUAAUCAUUUAGGCAUUAGAAUGGGAUGAAGCUUUCAAAAAAAAUACAGACGAAUCAGGUAGAGCUGUAUUAGCAGUUCAUAAUGAUGCUAUUAAGGAACUCAUUUAACCAGAUGAGGAUCGAUCAACUGAGGAUAUAUCCAAAGUAUAAGAGCAUUUCUAAUUAUGA